AUGUAUUAUAAAGUCUUUCCAAGUGUGAAUAACCAAAAAGGCAUCGUAGCAAACGCAGCUAUGGUGCUCAUCGCCGUAGCUACAAUGGACAACCCCACAUUACCUCCAAGCAAAAGAGUCCAUAGAUUUGAAGCUCCUCCACCUGGAGAAGCCCCUGUGAACAAAAGGCCUAACUGCUGA